AGUGAUGUACCAGGUAGUCACCGCAAUAUGGCUGAACUAUCGCCUAAUCGGCGUAAAACAACAAACACACAAAUUUCCUGUUGCAGCUCUCCGCUAAUCACAGACACAUGAAAGGUGAAGAUAACUAACAUUGACCAAUCCCACAAAUCCCACAAUGAAUACAAAAUAAAUAGUCGGGCAAACACGGACCCCUGAACACACCAGACGUGGGAUCAGGUGCCUAAGAGGAAUAACCAUCCCCUGUCGAUCGGUCACACCCGCCGUGAGCCCUAUAUCUUGAUCAGCACGGUGUUUUCGGUAAUCGGAGUGGUCGCCUCUGUCCAGUGGAUGUGGUCUGCUGUCGCUUCCGCUUCGAAUGUAAACGUAAUAUCACAUGACCCAACCAAAGAAUGUCGCACGGGAGACGAAGAAUCGUGUCCCUGGUUCAUGGUUUUCACAGAAAUGAAAAGCAAGUUCAAGAACCUAGAAACAAGUUUCAACGAACAAAUUUCGCAGCGAGAGAGUUUAGAACGUGACUUCAUGAACCAUUCAGAACUAAAUCACAUUUUGAGUGAGAAACUGAAGAUAUUUUUCGAUAAAUUAGAUAAUAUUAGUUUACACUGUAGUAAAGCUGAAUCUCAGGCAGCCGACAUUUACUCAAGGAUAUUUCUCGAUGGUAUGUUGCAGUUUAAAAUUAACACAGAAAUAAUUUUGUACUUCCUGUUGACUCUAGUGAUGUAUGAGAUUUUCACACGGGUUAGACCCCAUGCAGGAGACUGGAGGGAAAUGGUUGAAGUUAAUAUUCGGAGGUACUUAGAUAAAUCAAAUGUGAUGUCUACUGAGGCUAUGAGUGGCAGUUCUGCAUCGACACAAGAGGACGCACUGGAUAAUGGGUCCGAAGUAUUAUCGAACGGCAUCGUGAAAGAUGAUAAGGAAAAGAAGAAUGGCACGCCAACUCAUACAGCGCCCUCCACGCCUAAGCACGGUGUUCUCAGGAAAGAAAUGUGCAUAGUUCUCUUCCGAAAGGAAUGUUUAAGCAUCUAUAACUCCGUCAUCGAGACAUUUCUGUCCUACUUCACAGAGAUUAAGAUUGCAUCUGCACCUUAUUACGUCAUUGAAGGUUUUAGUGACAUCAGUAAAAUUCCUCACGUGAAGUUGUUCAUCCUGGUUUGUGAUAGCACUAUUAAUUACGGAAGCGGAAGCAAGGAUUUGAGAUUGGCAACUAUUAAAGUGCUUAAAACGUGGGGAGCUGUGCCUAUAUUGAUCAUCGGUAAUGAUGAAGAAUCGAAGAGACUAACAGGGCACACACAAUACAACAGCAACAUGAGGUUUGUGUUCUCCAACGAACUAGUGCAGGACCAAGCAUCAGCUGGCAGGGUCUUUAGUCUUUGGCGGGAGAUGUCCCCUCACCAAAUGAGUCACCUCAGAAAACUCAUCAAACCGAUCCUUAACGAGGUGAAAACGGUACCACAGCUCAGGUUUAUUACUUUGACAAAGUGAGGGAGAUCUCACGAAUAGAACAACAUACAUUCAGGAAAUACAUGUACCAGAAUCUGGGUCCUUGACAGAGCCAAUGCGCGAAAGCAUAUCGUUAUCUGUUUGUAUUUUUGAAACGCUCAAUGUUUAUAUGUGCCAUAUUCGUUUCGCCUUGUUUCUCUUAGUUUAGCUUUUUUGUAGAAAGAGGGUCAUUAUAGCGAAUGUCAAUUAAACAGUACUAACUUCUCGGCGAGUAGGAUUCCGUUUGAACAGGGAUUGUUUACCUUGAACUAUGUUAUAUAGCUUUCGUAAUCAGGUUUGCAUGGUGUCAAUGUUAUAUUUAAAUAAAGUAGAUUUAAAAUUUAACUUUAGAUUUUUAAAGAAAAUAAAUCUAUUGAUACAUUCUUAUAUGAAUGUUUUCCUGCAGGUGCUGGAGUUAUAUAUACAUUUGCAAUUUUCUUAGCUUUAGUAUGCGAAACCGAAAAGACGAUUUUUUUAAUGUGUGAGAUUUAUGAUGUGUGGCUUUAGAAAUGUGUGAUAUGUCCGCAAAUUGCAUUUCUAUUAAUCCAAUUUAUACAGUAUCAUCACGUUUUCUUCAGUCUAGUCAGCUGUUCAUUAACAUUUGCUAUUGUGUUCAAGUAAUCAUAUGACUAGGAUGUACGAAAAUCAUGGAUUAUAAAUUGUUAUAUGUUGUAUGUUUUUCGUUAUGUACUUAUUCAUGUUAAAAGUUUCAUAUUAAAGAACACUGUUUCACAAUA